CAGCCGGCUCCGCUCCCUUUCCACUAGUUCUCCGCAGUUGCUCUUGUGGCCGGGCGUUGCUCGGACAGCAGGGCAAAUAAAACCACACGACUCUGCCCGAAGAGCCAUCUCCAAGGGGCAAGCUGAGGUCUCUGUGACCAUGUGGAGCUUUUGGCAUCAGUCUUCACAUCUCAGGCCCAUGUGACACGUGCCGUUUGGGACAGUUUCAGAAUCCAACGCACCCUUCACUGAACAGUUUCAUGGAGAAUCGGGCGGAUGACAGCAGGAACUGUCGUGAUCACUGGCGGAAUACUAGCAACAGUUAUCUUGCUGUGUAUUAUUGCUGUUCUCUGCUAUUGUAGGCUACAGUAUUAUUGCUGCAAGAAAGAUGAAUCUGAUGAAGAGGAGGAAGAGGAGGAGGAAGAGGAGGCUGACUUCCCCCCUCACUCACACUAUGCCAUGUGCAACGCUUGCAACUCUCGAAUCAUGGACGGGCAAGGCAACGUCUCCUUUCCACCCCAUGAGCUUACCAAGCAGGGCAAUCGGAACUAUUGCCCAACCUGUUCCCCCUAUAGCUCCCCCUUUUACAUACGGACCGCUGAUAUGGUGCGCAAUGGGGGCGAGAGGAUCACCUACGCACCUACGUGCUGCAAGGAAAUGGGGCUGCCCAUCAAAAUGGCAACUUUCCAGAGUUUCCCGGUGACCCACCACUGCAUCAUACAUGAGACCUUUCCAAACCCGAGGGCUUUUAGUACAGAAGUAUGAUAGCUGUUCCUCACAGGGUGCUUCCGUAGGAUCCCCUCGGGGUGACAGGGAUUUAAAUUUUGGGUUUGCUACGGAAACCUUCCAACAAAAAAGAAAUGCAAGUCCAAGACCCGACAUUGCUCCUGAUCAGCAAGGUUCUUCUUUAAGUGAAAGAAGGGAACUUUGAAACCAAAGGCUAAACUUAGCCAUUCUGGGAUUUGCAACUGGUCUUGCUGUAUCCACUCAAGGGUCUUGUCCAAGGAGGGCUAUGUACAGUACAAGCUAACUUGUAUUUAACGACUCUUGUCAGCCCGCUCCCCUUCCCCAGCAUCUUUGGCCUCUACACUUGGCAAUUCCUUAUUGUCACUCUCUCCAAAGCAAUAGCCACUGACCUCCUCUGACGGGUAACGUGAAUUCGCACUAACACAAUAGUCCCUUGGGAAUUGCUAUUCCCGGGGAUCGGGCGGUAUAUAAAUUGAAAAAAUAAAUAAAUAAAAAUAAAAAGUGACAGCAUUAGCCAGAAGUAUGGCAAAAGACCUGCCAAACUCACUGCUAGCACUUUUAUGCAUUGGAAGUAGAUGAUUGGUGGGUGAGGAAACGGAGGCAGGGAAUGGUCUGGUUAUCCCUGUAGUAUAAGAAUUACAAUGGAAUGCUCUCAUCUGUAUUAGAAUGUAAACUAGGGUAGCCAUUCUCAGCUUAUUCCACACACAUGCACACAAACACACACUUGCGUGCACACACACAAACUAAGAUAUGCAAAAAUUAAAGGGGAAGGGGAAAACACUGGGAGAUGAGAGACCAGUGACGUGAUAAGACCGUUCUGAAUAGUUGCCAAAAAAAGUUUUAAUCUCACAAGCUUCCUUAAGAACAAAAAAAACUAGGCAAGAUACUCUUGUAACCAAGUCCUGAUUUGUAAGGCAAUGUGCUGGGUUUUGCAAGAUAAAGAAUGUCUGAGCAGAA